CGGCCGCAGAGUCCCCCGUCUUCUCGACCGCUGGAUCGUAUUUUGUCGUGUCGCAUCGCUGUCGAACUCGUGCCUUCCUAUUCUGCGUCGCUUUCCUCCCAGUUUGUAAGCCCUUGUCGUCUGCGCAUAGCUCUUGUGCUCUUUGAUCGCUUCGUGCAUUGUCCUUUCUCUCGCUGUCGGGUCUUCACAUCGCUCGUCCACUUUGACACCGCACCGCCUCUGGCAACCAAGAAAUCCCUAGAAAAGAACCUGUCCGCCAGACCUCCGCCGCCGAUUCCCUCGAUCUUCACGCCCUCGACAUGUCCCGUCCCGAUGCGCACGCGCAUGGCUUCGACCACGCCAAGUACGUCGGACACAAUGGACGCAGCCACGGCGACCACGGCGGCCCCGGGGCGCACGACUACGGCGCCGCCGCCCGCGACGGCGGGUUCAACAGGGAGAGCAUCGGGCGUGACUUCGGAGGGCCGGAGCUGAUGUCGCCCAACUUCUACGUCUCCUCGCCGCCUGUCAGCGCGGAUCGCCGGUCGUUGGCGGCGGGGGCGUACCACGGGUCCGGCUUCCCGUCGUUCGUGUCACCCCGCCUGUUCACGCCGUCACAGGGCCUCGGCGCGGCGGGGGGUGACACUUGGAACCCAAAAGCAGCCACUGCUACGAAUGUCACCAAGCACGCCGACGCGGGCGUGACAUCCCAAGUUCAACCAUCUCUCUCCUUCCACAACCACAACCACAACCACACCCCUCCCCCUCCGCGCGGUCCCCCCGUCCCCGAGCUCUACAGCUCCCCCCUCUCUGCCACUGCGGCUGCCUUCAACGACCGCGACCACCGCGAUCUCUAUCUCUCUCAGCGGCAUCCCCAGCAGCAGACACAGCCCAGCUCCCCUGCCACCCAGCUCCAGCAUCCGAGCCCGCAGUCUCUCCCCUCUCCCACAACCAACGCAGCCACUACACGCUCUACACUCUGGUGGGGCGAACUCGAACCUUGGAUGGACGAAGAGUACGCCAAGCAGGUCUGCAGCCUCAUGGGCUGGGAGCCCGUCAGCAUCAAGGUGCCCCGCCCCGCGCCCGACCCAAUCACCGGCCAGCAGGCGAACAACCCGGGCUAUUGUUUCCUGACGUUCCCCUCUCAGGCCCACGCCGCAUCCGUGUUGUCACAGAUCAGCAACCAGAGCGGGAACCCCAUCGUCAUGCCCAACUCGAACAAGUCGUUCUCGCUCAACUGGGCGUCGUCCGUGCCUUCCGCGUCCGUGCCACCCCCAGUACCAGGCCAGCCGGUCGCUCUGCCCAGCGGCCAGAACCCUCAGUAUCCGAAAGAGUACAGCAUCUUCGUGGGUGACCUUGCUCCCGAGGUGUCCAACUCCGACCUCGUCGCUGUGUUCCGCAACCCAGUCCUCGGUCUGCGGAACGACCGGGAGCCCCGCUUCAUCAGGCCCUUCCUGAGCUGCAAGAGCGCGAAGAUCAUGCUCGAUCCGGUCACGGGCGUCUCCCGCGGGUAUGGGUUCGUGAGGUUCACUGACGAAGCAGAUCAGCAACGCGCGCUAGUUGAGAUGCACGGCCUGUAUUGCCUAUCUCGUCCAAUGCGGAUUUCCCCGGCGACGGCAAAGUUCAAGCCUGCUCCCGGGAUGACGGGCCUCGACUUCUCGCAGAUGCCGUAUCCCCUUGUGCAGCCGGCGGUACCUCCCCCGCCAGAGCAGCAAGGACAAGUCACAGUCGCACUGCCUCUUCCGAAUGCUGCUCAGGCGAAGAGCGUAUCAGCGCCGUUGGCGGGUACGACAAACGGCACGAACGGCGUGAAUGUCUCCAACUCGUUAUCCAAUGUGUCGUCCUUGGGCUCAGGCGCCAGUGCCAGUUCGUCAUCGACCCUGGUCUCCGCUCCCUCCGAAGAGGCUAUGAAGUUUGUGACUGGUGGCGGGGCCGCAUCUGUUAGUGGGAAUGAUCCAGCGCCGUCCGUCACGGCCGCGUUUGCUCAGUCUGACCAGAGCAUGGCGCAGAAAUUCAACAUAUCCGAGGAAUCGUGGAAGCACCACGCACAGGCUCGCGCUAUCCUGUCCAAUCUCAUUGGUCCCAAUGGCGAGCAGCUCACGUCCUCCGAUCCUUACAAUACGACUGUCUUCGUUGGAGGGCUGUCGCCCCUGAUCUCGGAGGACACGCUGAGGACCUUCUUCGUGCCGUUCGGCGAUAUCCACUACGUCAAAGUGCCUGUCGGCAAGCACUGCGGGUUCGUGCAGUUCGUCCGGAAGCCCGAUGCGGAGCGCGCGAUAGAGAAGAUGCAAGGCUUCCCUAUUGGUGGCAGCCGGAUCCGUCUGAGCUGGGGUCGCAGUCAAUACAAAGCUGCCCAGGCCGCUGCGCAAGCCGCACAGGCUGCUGCCUUUCAGGCGCAGUACCAAACCCAAAUUACUCAACAGAGCGGUGUUCAGAUGACGCCCGAACAGGCAAUCCAGCUGCUGGAGACUUUUGGGAUUAACAACGUCGGCGCCAAUGGUGGUGGUACCUCCCACGGCAGCGGAAACGACACUCAACCAGCUCUCUACCCAGAUCUCAACGGGAACCGUCAAGCACUUCUGAACGCGUUCAACCCCUCGAUCUUCGGCUCCCGUCCAGAGGCAAGCGCAGCGUCCACGACUACGACUGGCUUCUCCCCGUUUUCGCCCGAUCCCAAUUACUUUGUUGACGGGGCGAAGAAACAAGAUACGACGUCCCAUGCCCACCAGCAAUCCUUCUCCAAUGCCUCUAACGUCUCGAAGGGAUACCCUACCUGGUAUAACCCUUCUAAUGACGAGAAAGUCAUGAACGGCAACGGGAAGAUUUCUCCAACGUCAGCGAUGCAGACCAUUCGCCCACCUAGUGCGUCGCAGAGGUUCAAUGCUCUGCUCGGAGACCCAUCGUCUGCGUCGUCGCCGUUCCAGAACGCGCGUUCCUCGUCGCGGCAGGAGGCUCCCAUCGGUAGGCCCGAACUUUCUCGGAGGGGCUCAAAUACGCGGGAGCAGUACGGAAGCCAGGAGCACGAGCAUGACGCGAUCCAGGAUCUGAACGGAACACUCGCUAGUCUGGACCUCAACAACAGCCCGGGCAUGUGGAUGGGAGGGGACCACAAAAAUGCGCUCACGUCCUCGUCGCCUUGAAGCCGAUCUCACGCACCUCGUAUGUCGUCCUUGAAUU